GAUUGCAUUGGACUGAACGGCAACAAUCCCUAUAAGCUCGUGUAUCAUGACAAGAACAUACAGCCUGCUGAUACGCUUGAAAAGUUGGGUAUCAAGAAAGGUGAUUUAGUCGAGGUAUUAGAAUUAAAUACAAGGAGAGAUGACACAAUUAAAGAAGUUAAGCAAAUGAUUCAGGAUAAAGAAGGCGUCCCCCCUGACCAACAACAUCUUGUUUUUUAUAGAGAAUUGUAUGAUGACCAUACCUUGUUACAUUAUAAUAUCAAAGAAGAUUCUACAUUGAAUCUAGAAUAUGAAACAAUAAUGAUCUACGUAAACUUAAUGGAUGAAACAAUCAUAGAAUUGGAUGUCAAUAGAAGUUACACCAUCGAACAGGUUAUUCGUAUGAUCCAAGAUAAAGAAGGCAUUCCUUCUCAUCAAAUAACAUAUUUUACUAUUGAUGACGGACUUACGCAUCGCUAUGAUAUCACCUUAUCUCGCUACAACUCCCUUAAAACCUUAGCAAAUUAUGGGAUUAAGAAUGAGUCUACACUUAAACUAUUUCAUUAUAAACCAUUUUCUGGUUCUUUGUAUGUGAAAAUACUACGCAAAAAAACGACAACUGUGCAAGUAGAUUCGAAUGAUACCAUUGAACAAGUUAAACAAAAGAUUCAGGACAAAGAAGGAAUUUCUCCUGAUCAACAAUACCUCUUUUUUGCUAGCAUGCAAUUAGAAAAUGGGCGUACCUUAUCAGAUUAUUUCAUCCCAAAGGAGGCUACUGUUCAUCUUGUAGUUAAAGAAAUCAGUACUCAUAGAUAUGCUGGCGAUAUAUAUGUGAAAACACUAACGGGAAAGACAAUAAAUUUUUAUUUAGAACUUGAUACCACCAUUGAUGAAAUUACACAAAAGAUUCUGGACAAGGAAGGAAUCCCUCCUGAUCAACAACGCCUUAUUUUCGCUGGCAAGCAAUUAGAAGAAGGGAGAACUUUGGCAGAUUAUAAUAUUCAAAUUGAGUCUACUCUUCAUCUUGUGCUUAGAUUACGUGGUGGAAUGCUUCAGGAAACCAGUGGUCGCAUAGAAUUUGACGCACUGCCACCACUCACUCAAUAUACUCUAACACCUGAAGAACGUUUACAAAAUGGAAUUCAUGCUGGUAUUGCCUGUAAUUAUUGUGGUGAACGUGAAUGGAAAGGGACAAGAUAUAAAUGUUCUGAAUGUUCUGAUUAUGACUUGUGCUUUGAUUGUAUCACAAUGUCCGACCUAAUUCAUAACGCGCAACAUUCUUUUCUGAAAAUAUUGAAUCCCUUAGAUCCAAAGAAAGUUUCAAAAGAUACUUCUAUUGCUUAUGUUACCCCAAUACUACCAGACACGAAAGAGAAAUUAUUAGCUCUGCUACGCGAAGAAGAACGGCGAAGAUUUUCGUCUGAAAUUCAAAAAAAAUAUUAUGAUGUUGGGAGCGAUCCUACAAGUGGAAAGGAUUGGAUGGAUGUUACUGAUCAAAUGCAGCAUGAGUUGGUUCGAGAAUUUGGAUAUUCGGACGAAGCAGUACAAUUGUUGCGGCGUGCACCACAACUUUAUCCGGAUGAUCCUGAAUUUCGUACAACUCAAGUAUAUGUUCGCAAUAAUGUUGCCAACAUUGGAAAUCUCACUGAAGGAAUGCUAGCACCUGAUU